ACUGCCCGCUCAUGCAUGACCCAGGUCAACGCAACGGAGGCCGAUCUGGAGUUUCUUCGCAAAGAACCGCCUUUUCCUGAGAAAUCUGCCUGCAUUGUCACCUGUCUAUUAGAAAAAAUUGGCAUCGUGGACCACAACAACUACUCCAAGGUAGGCUUCAUGACGGUAGUCAGCCCACUCGUGUUCCGCAACAGGAAGCGACUCGACCACAUGAAAACGGUUUCCGAAAGUUGCGAUAAGGAGAUAAACCGAGGAGGGUCCCUAUGUCAACUCGGGAAUGAAAUAACGAUUUGCAUCUUUAAAUACGCCCCCGAACUGCAUUUCAAGAGUUGA